AUGGCCAGUUGUGAACCAAGUUUCCAGGGCCCCUGUGCAGAGGGCAGCGCCCGGCCUCGAUCUGCUGGACGGAAAAGGAAGAGGGAGUGGCCCACAGAGGAGGGGUCCGAGGAGGAGUCUGCCCCUGGGGCUCAGGACCUCUGGGUCGUGGAGACCCUCUGCGGGCUCAAGAUGAAGCUGAAGAGGCAGCGGGUGUCUUCAGUGCGACCUGAGCACCAUCAGGCCUUCACCAGGCUGCUCGGCCCCUGUGCAGAGGGCAGCGCCCGGCCUCGAUCUGCUGGACGGAAAAGGAAGAGGGAGUGGCCCAGAGAGGAGGGGUCCGAGGAGGAGUCUGCCCCUGGGGCUCAGGACCUCUGGGUCGUGGAGACCCUCUGCGGGCUCAAGAUGAAGCUGAAGAGGCAGCGGGUGUCUUCAGUGCGACCUGAGCACCAUCAGGCCUUCACCAGGCUGCUCGAGGAUCCUGUCAUUAAAAGAUUCCUGGCCUGGGACACAAAUCUGAGGCUCUCUGACAAGUAUCUCCUGUCCAUGGUGAUAGCUUAUUUCAGCCGCGCGGGCCUCUUCUCCUGGCAGUACCGACGCAUUCAUUUCUUCCUGGCCCUCUACCUGGCCGUGGACAUGGAGGAGCAUUACCACGCCCCUAAACAGGCCAUCUUGUCCUUCCUCUAUGGGGAGAACAUCUGCUCCCAGCGCCCCUUGUUCCACAAACUGCGAUUCCAGUUCUUCCGUUCCAUGGACUGGAGGGCAAGGGUCACGCGCGAAGAGUGCGAAGAGAUCCAGGCUUUUGAUCCAGGGCUCUGGGUGUGGAGGCGAGAUCGCGCCCUCCUUUCUGAGACCACCUAA